AUGUCGGGCGGAUUCGAGCCGUUCGCCCUUACUGAGGACGAUGUGCUGAAACUGAUCGCUACACAAGCACACAUUGGUUCCGCCAAUGUUGACUUCCAGAUGGAGCAGUACGUGUAUCAGCGUCGCUUCGAUGGAACUUACAUCAUCAACCUAAAGAAGACAUGGGAAAAGCUGCUUCUCGCUGCUCGUGCCAUCGCUGCUGUUGAGAACCCCGCUGAUGUUGUUGUGGUUUCUGCCCGACCAUACGCUCAGAGGGCUCUGCUGAAAUUCGCUGCACACACCGGAGCCACUGCUAUCUUCGGACGUUUCAGUCCGGGAUGUCUGACCAAUCAGAUCCAAAAGACUUUCAAAGAGCCACGUCUUCUGGUUAUUUCUGAUCCUCGUGUUGACCACCAGGUUGUCACGGAAGCUUCUUAUGUCAACGUGCCGGUCAUUUCCUUCUGCAAUACGGAGUCUCCCUUAAAACUGAUCGACAUUGCCAUCCCUUGCAACAAUAAGGGAGAGCAGUCUAUCGGACUCAUGUGGUGGCUGCUGGCUCGUGAAAUCCUUAUCCUCAGAGGAAAGAUUUCUCGCCAGACCGGAUUUGUACUAGAUGACAAGGAAAUUAUGCCCGAUCUUUACUUCUACCGUGAUCCACAAGAGUCAGAGAAGCAAGAAGCAGCUGAAGUCAUGCCCGAGAUCAAGCCCGACUAUGAAGUGCCUGGAGAGACCGUCGAUUUCACUGCUCAACCCGAUAUCAAGGACUGGGCUGCGGAGACAGCGACAUGGAACCCUGGAAGCAAACCAGGAGAAGCGGCUGGGGAAUGGGGAGCUGGUGCGCCUACAACCACAUGGUGA